AAAGCGAUAAUUUCCAUCAACAAUGAUCCUGUCACUGCCUCCACAAAUCUUCAAAAUCACAUUGUCCAUAAUAUGGAAAACUGGUUCACCAGACACCAAAAAUGUCGUUUUAAAGGGGUAAUAUACGAUUCCGAAUGCAACGAUUGCGAACGGACCUUUUCCGGUAACACCAUUGCGAACGUUUUUACCUGCCUUUAAUCGUGCGGUGUUGUCAGAUUUGGUGUUAGUCAAUAACAAAUUUUUAAAUGCCCGAAUGCCCCAGCCUUGAAGAAGGUCAUGUAUUUACAGACUAUUUAGUAUCGACAUAUAUUCCACCUGAUGCAUUAUUUCCAACAUAUCUUUGGGCACAAGAACCUUCAGUAAAUCCAAGAACUAACAAUGGCCCAGAGAGCUUUCAUAGGACGUACAAUGGUCAGUUUUAUAGCCCCCAUCCUCCAACACACGUCGUGAUAUCAGUUUUAAAAGAAACACAAGCUCAAAAUUUGACAAUAAUAAAUUCAAUUAAAAACAACGUAUAUAAUCCUAUGGCCAAAAAAGAUAAAUCUAAAAUUGAAUUAACAUUACAAAAUUAUAAUGAUUAUAAAAUGCACAAGGAUCUAAUUUUAUAUUUAAGAAAAACUGAAAAUUCCUACCAGGGAAAAAAUUUAAAAAAAGCAAAAAUGUAGAAAACAAUUUUUAAAAGCCGUUAUUUUAUUUAUUUUUCAGCUUUUAACGUAAC